AUGUUGUGCAUCUGGUCGGCGAUGACAGGUAAGCAGCUUGCAAGCAUCCCUGCAGAGGAGGUAGAUGAUGUGAGGGCACUGAAGCAACUACUACACAGCAAGCACAGGCUGCCUCCGCCAUUCAGGCAAAGAUUGGUUUAUCUCGAUUCUGUCUCGGAUGGUGUGUUGGAUGAUCUCGUCAAGCUGGACUCGCCCAUGGACCUUCAGCUGAUUCUUAUUCCCUAUGUCCAGGCAUCGCAGCUGGAAGCAAACGAGUUGGCGGCUGCCGCAGCGAAGGGCUCAUUGCCCCAGGUCGAGGCCAAGCUGCAGAAGCCCCAGGACCCAAACGUGGACAACACGAGCGGCAGCAGUCCGCUGGGUCUGGCGACAGCCUGCGCGCAUCUUUGUCAUGGUUGGGUAACAUUGUUACACUUUUUUGAUGGGUACUUAGAGACAAUAAUAAGGAGUAAACAUGUACAUUUUCAAUCCUAUCCCAACCAUGAACUAGGCAUAUGGGUGUUGUGCAUUUGCUCCUGGAAGCCGCUGCGGACGCGAAUAAAGCCAACAAGGAUACCUACACCCCCCUGA